GCAGUGUCCAGCUUCUAAUACUUAAGGACAUUACACCUGGACACUACUUGGACUAUCUGGCCAUUGUUUGGUUAUUUUCUCGAUUUCGAGAGCUAUCGUUAGUUGGUACAACGUUCAGAGCAGCUGUUGACGGGAUGUCAAGGACAAGUAAUGGACACGCCGAGAGCCACCCACACUACGCCUUCAUGUAUGGGACACUCAAGUCCAAUGAGCCAAACCACAAACAGUUGUACAGUAGAGGUCCAGGCGGAGCCAAGUUCUGUGGCCGAGCCAAGACGUUAGCCAAAUUUCCUUUGUUGGUCACCACGCCUUUCAAUAUUCCAUUCUUACUGCACAAGGAAGGCAUCGGACAUAGAAUCGAAGGAGAGCUGUAUAAACUGGACGAGGAGACCUUAAAACACGUGGACGACUUUGAAGGACAUCCACACUGGUAUGUCCGGCAGACUGUCCAGGUGGAGGUGUUGACCGACAGCCAGAGCAACAAGAUAGAACCUUACAUCGUCGACACGUGGAUGUAUGGGUUAAAAAGGUUCAAGCCUAGCCUACUGGAACUACCCUUGGUUGAGGUCUAUCACGACAGCCAUUACGACAUUAGCCGAAGAUACAGGCCAUAUGAUGUGGUCAGGGACGGACCACUCCAGUCCUACUUAUUCGAUGAUGAGUAGCUUCCCUUGUAACACUCAAAGCAAUAACAACAAAUACAUAAACAGAAUAUAUAGAUCUAGGCCUAAUCUGUGAUUCAUAGGGCACGGAGCCCACUUUGUGAAGCAUACAUAUAACAAUUUUUUUUUUUAAACUGACUGUUUAAAGUCAAAACUGCUGACUAUGUUAUUUUGAAUGUCCGUAUAAUAGUUCAGCGAGAUUGUGUCCAUUUUACGAUUGUAAUUGGCAAACGUUCAUGUACAUAUUUAAACAUCUCAUUAGAAUGUAAGUGAUGCAUGAUGGGAGAAGUUCUUACAUUACGGAAUUCACAUUGUAACAAGCGAAAUAAAGAUAUUUAUGAUUGGGCAAUAUUCUAUGUUGCAGGUUGAAAUUCGUUCAUAGAUGUAGUACAUUUAUGUGUAGGCAAAUGUUCUGAGAUGUUUAAAUACGAAACUAUCCGCUGGAGAGUCGACCAUAGUGAUAACCCAUUGAUAAUGACGAAACUCUACAUGAAAUACUGAUAUUAAGUUUGUAUACUUUGAUACUCAUAUGAUGAGCCCUCGUGAAAUUCCAUUGUGUUUUAUCUAAUGUGUGCACCCGUUGGAGAUUUUCUUAAAAUGGGAAAAAAAAAAAGGCCAGCUUACUUUUGGUGUUUCCGGAGUACAGAAUGCAGUAACGAUUGAAUGGAUAAAACUAAACCCGUUUUAAAACCAUUUCCCCCCCCCCCUAUUGAAGUAUAGUGGAAUCAAAUACAAAAUCAAAAUGGUAACACAGAACAGAUUGUUGUUAAUGACUUUUAGUAUGAGAGUCUCCAAUAACAUUUUUCUCUUCUGUUGUAAAAUACAUCUACGUCAUUCAACGGUCAUUCUCUUACUGUUGGGUUAUUGUACUAUCACGUGGCAUCCAUCAACAGUUCUUAAUUUUAUAUAUAUCACAUUUGUUUAAGUAAUGUUCUUUGGGUGCCAGAGAAAGAAAAAAGAUGAUUGAGGGCCGGGAUGGGAUGAUUGGGGAUUUUUACAGGGAGCAAUAAUAAAUGUUUUUAAUGCAGAAA